AUGAGAUCUGUUCUGGUUCUGUUGGCUGUUUCAGCCCUAGGUAAGCCCUUUCCAGUCUACAGUAUCCCUCACAAACUUCCCUUCUAAUAUACUACUUUAGGUUACUGUCAACUCCCUGAUGUUUCCCUGCCCCCACUCGGAUUGUCUUUGCCCCCAGGUAUCAGUCUGCCCCCAGGGGUUAGUCUUCCGGCCGGUCUCCCAGGAGCUCCAGAAUCCCGAAGAAAACGUGGUCUCUUCGGGGGAGCUGAAGGCGUUUCCGAAGGCCCAGUGAGUGGACCACCAGGCCCACCUGGAAUCAGCGGACCCCCUGAGGGCGUGAGCGGACCCCCAUUGAGAGCCCGACGAGGCUUGUUCGGAGGAGAAGCUGAAGUUACCCCAGGAAUUCCCUCCCUCGGAGGUUUGCCCAGUGAUCUCCCGGAAGGAGUCAGCCCUCCAGCCGGUCUUCCAGCAGCCCCAGAAAACCGUAGAAAACGAGGUCUUUUCGGAGAAUCAGGUGUACCUACUGGUCUUCCUCCAGUCAGCGGAGUCCCCGGAUUCAGCGGUCUUCCCGAGGUCAGCGCUCCUCCCUCUCUUCCAGGAGUCAGCGGACCAGUCCCAGGCGAAUCUCCAGUUGCCAAGAGACAAGUCCUUCCAGCCGGGGCUUCGGUACCACCCAGUUCAUCCUCCGAGAGCAAAGAAAGCGGGUAAGUUACAGUAUCCCAAUGCAGGACACUCUCUUGUAGUUCCCAUGAACAUGGCUCCAGCGACCAUCAACAUCACCACUCAACACCCUCCGCUUGA